AUGCUUGGUUUCUUUGUGACAAUUAUUGUCGGAAGAUGGAAUCAGAUCUUCAGUAACAUGGGGUGGAUUGAAAACACCGCACUUCUAACUGCGACGUAUCUGCGAGGAAGCGAUGAGAAGAGUCGUAUGAUGCGAAGAAAUGUAAUUCGUUAUAUGGUCUUGACCCAGGUUCUGAUCUACCGUGAUAUCAGUAUGCAGGUCCGACGACGGCUUCCCACUCUCGAUACCGUAGUGGCAUCCGGUUUCAUGACGGAGGCAGAGCGCGACAAGUACUUGGCAUACAAUAACAAAUACACAAAAGUGUUCCUGCCGAUACAGUGGUGCUACACGGUGGUCUACGAAGCACGUAUGUCUGGAAAAUUAAGCUGUGAUCUGAUGAUGAAUGAAAUACUCAAGAAUGUAUCGGAGUUUCGACAGAGUCUGGCAAAACUGUGUAACUUCGAUUGGGUGCCCAUACCACUAGUUUAUCCACAGGUGGGUCAUUCUUUGGCGAUUUCAUCAGGACCAAACGCAAUCAAUCUCACAGCUUGA